AUGACUGUUUCUUCCAUAAUAACCACCACCUUGUCUUCCUUUCGGAAUGUCCUGAUACUCUCAGUUGUCAUACGUGUCGCGCUCAUCUUGUACAGUGAAUGGCACGAUGCCAGGUCGCUGGUAAAGUACACUGACAUCGACUACCGUGUAUUCACCGAUGCUGCCCAAUUUCUUUUACAUCCUGGACCAGGAGAUGAGAACACGGCUCGAGGUCCUUUAGGCCAUGUAUUCAAUUUUGGAGAUCCAUAUAGCAGAGAAACGUACCGUUAUACCCCACUACUUGCCCUCAUCGUUUCACCGAAUGACUGGCUCCAUGCCUCUUUCGGCAAAUAUCUCUUUGCCGCUUGCGACAUCAUCAAUGGAAUUCUCCUCUACAAUCUCCUCAUUUCUUCCGUGCUGUCAAAAACACACAAUGUAGCAAAACAUGCGACGCUGUACAGUGCACUUCAUCUACUCAACCCGAUGGUAUUCUCGAUAUCAACUCGUGGCUCUUCCGAGUCAGUGUUGUCCCUUUUUGUUCUCCUCACGCUGUAUGGCGCGCUCAAGAACCGCUGGGACCUUGCUGCAAUCAUGCUGGGAGUCAGUGUUCACUGGAAGAUUUAUCCCGCAAUAUAUGGAUUUGCGUGUAUUAGUGCGUUAGCAAGUGGAGGUUAUGGACUGGGCCAGUUCGUCAACUGGAGGGUAGUCAGAUUUGGGAGUUUGAGCGUGUCGACUUUCGUUUCAUUGAGUGGGUUCUGUUACCUUAUUUGGGGAUACCCCUUCCUAUACGAAUCAUAUCUUUACCACCUUCACCGACUGGACCAUCGACAUAAUUUUUCUCCAUACUUUUAUCUCACAUACUUGACUUAUCCGAACAUCCAUGAAAGCGCGUUCCAAGUCGAUCCCUUGUCCCCUUGGACUCGCGUGCUUCAAUCACCGCUCACAAGCUUCGUGCCGCAAAUGACACUGGCUAUAGGCACGGGUCUAGUGUUCGGAAGGUCAGAGACCCAUCUACCUUUCGCUUGGUUCGUCCAAACGGUGCUGUUCGUAGUGUUCAAUAAAGUAUGUACAUCCCAGUAUUUUCUAUGGUACCUUUUGCUCCUGCCACUCGUCUUACCCCACAUAACAAUGUCAAGAACAAAGGCCGUAGUUUGCGUCGCGGUUUGGGUCUCAGUUCAAGCGCUAUGGCUUUCUGAAGCUUACAAAUUAGAAUUCCUUGGUUCGAAUGUAUUCCAUGGACUUUGGGUGAGAGGUUUGUUGUACGUCAUUGGAAACUGUUGGGUUGUAGUACAGCUGAUGGAAAGCUACGAUCUGGAGGUGCAGAAGACAUGA